GCGAGCCUGGCCUUCGGGGAACUGGUUCGUAGGGCGGAGCAGCAUCGCCUUGAGAGGGCUAAAUCCGCCGAGGUGACGAGGAAGCUGGUGGCCAACAAUACUGAGGCCAUUCGGCAGCUGGCGAAUUUGGAGGAGGCCCUCCGGCAGGCGGAGAAGAAACUGGAGGCAGCCAAGGAGGAAGCCCGGGCCGAGGGGAAAGCUGAAGCCGAGAGGGCCGCUGCUGAGUCCGCUAGGAUAGCCGCCGAGAAGGCUGAGGAGGCUAAAGCGGAAGCUAUCUCUAAGGCCAGGGAGGAGGCGGUGGCGGCUUUUAUUGCCGACGGCUGGAAGGCCGAAGAGCAGAAGCAGUGGGUGGCCUCAGUGGUGGAGGCUUCUGCCGAUGGCUGGGUGAAGGGGUCCGGGGCCAUGUGGUUGGCGCUGAAAGGCAAAAGUUUCUUCGAAGGCGGACAGUACUUCACUCAAGCCCUGAUUUAUCGCAAGUUGGCCCGGCACCAUGGGGUGGACCCGAAAGAGUUCGACCCGGCCCCGUUUGGUCUUCCCCCUCUGCUUCCUGACCUCCAAACCCCCAUGCCCGAAGGCGAGGAGAGGCCUUUGCUCGAGGACUCAGAGAUGGACAAGCUGGCCUCGGAUGAUGAGGAAGAAGCUGAGGAUGAUGCAGCCUCGAAACUGAAGGAUGACGUCACCGGGGGGGGCCAGGCUUGAGAUUUUACUUGCCAUAUUUUGAUGUAAUAGUUGUAGGCCUCGGCCUCGGCCUUAUUUGUAAACAAACAUCCUUUG